AGCAGCAUGCCGAGCUAAACGUCCCGUUUCACGCACAGUAGUGCCUCAUGACCCACUAGCCCUCCUUCCAACGCCGUAGCUGUGGCCAAUUAGGGGUUUCCCAUUCGAAGUAGUCGACGAAGUACAAGCCCUCACCUCAACUGUUGCAUGUCUGCAUGGUUAGCUUGCCUGCAGGGCUUACGGGGCUACCGCCGACACAAGUAUAUUUGGAUAUACCUCCGCUCUAGGCGUGUUCUUGAUCAUAUAAAUCAGCAACAACUCUUCCACUGGCUGUACCUGCAGCGUUAAUUCUGGUCUUUUACUUCUUCCGUUACCCUUUUCAUCCCAACGUACAUACUCUUAGAUACCCCAAAUCAUCGCGGGUCGAGAUUCCAGUAUGGCCGCCGCAGACGUUCAGCAGAUGCCCGCCCAUGAGCCAGCCCCUCCAGCACUCCCAGACUACCUCACUGACCCCGAUGCUGUUCUGAAGGACACCGAGGUCAAGUGGCGGUACGGCAGGGCACCAGAUUACUCAAAGACAAGACAGGUCUUCUCUGAGACAAAGCAGAAGUCACACGAAGCCGGCUCCCUUCCUGAGCUCGUUCAGAACCUUGUCAAGAACUGGGAGGUUGAAGCCUCCUUCAAGCCCGUCAUCAAGGACUGGCGUACCAUCGACCACGAGAACUACUCGUUCGCCAUCAACGGCUCAGAGCCCGAGGGUGCCGAAGCUAUGCUCAAGGUCGGCACAUACAACGCCAUCAUCGCACCCAAUGAGUACUACUCGCCCGAUUACUCAGAUUUCGCAAGCAGCCACAAGACCUUCAAGCGCAUGAUGCCUACCUUCGCGUGGGAAGUCCUCGAGGUGUACAGCGGACCUCCCACGGUCAGCUUCAGGUGGCGACACUGGGGCGUCAUGAAGAACGAUUAUGUCGGUAUCAAUAACAAGGGCGAGAAGGUGACCGCGAAGGCGCACGGAGGCCCCAUCGACAUCCAAGGUGUCACAGUCGCCACUGUCAACGACAAAGUGCAGCUGCAGUCUGUGCGAACAUGGUUCGACCCCAUGGAUAUGUUCAGGCAGAUUGCGGCCAACGGCGUCGUGAAGAAGGAGACAGUCGACAAGAACAUGGCACCUGCCGAUGUAGUUGACAGCACAUCAAGCGGUGCAGCAACACCCACCACCACCACUACCACAACAACUAGCGUCACCGAGGCACUCGAGGCUAUGGGUCUCGACAACGCGGCUGCUGCAGGCUGCCCCUUCGCUGCCGGCGCACAGAAGCAGAACGGCGAGACUGAGUUGCCUGAGGGUCAUCCUCCUGUCGAGGAGAAAAUCGAGCAGGUUGUGGCCGAGUCUCGUAACAAGAAUGAUACUAUUAAGACGGAGCUCGACCCUGAGCAGCAUGGCAAAUUUGACCAGGAGGUCGCUGACCACCCUUUCAUGCCGGGUGGCUUUCGCUAAGCUCGCAGUUCUAAGCAGUUAGAGAUUGUUGGCUUUGCAAUUGUUGCGUUGGAGCGAGAUGUUUGCACGCAUGUGCGAUUUGAGAAUAAUACCGUUUUUCAACUUCCACAUCGUCACUUCACUUAUGAGAUUCGCCUUUUGUUUUACAAUGACGCAUAUCCUGUUGCCCGCAUAUUACUUCGAUAGCAUUUAGUCCGAGCCCAUGGUCACCUGACGCGCAAGCAGAUGCUACCCAAGUCGUACGUCUGCACGGAGAGCU